CAUCCUCUACCCUCCACCCAAACAUAGUAUUAAAGUUAGGCGACCAUUCAACCACAACCACUGGUCCACUGCUUCCAUCAUCGGUUAUUUUAAGGGAGGGGGGAAAAAGGAAGAGUGAGUGAGUGAUCAUGACGAUGUUUAUGUCUUCUUUCUCUUCACUGAAAGUAUCCACCACCGCUGGCUUUUCAAUCUCCGUUCAACGGCGGAGAUGCAUUCCUCAUCGUCGUCGAAGCUUAAAGGUUGAGGCAACAGGGAAUGUAUUUGGAGAUUAUUUUCAAGUUGCAACUUACGGGGAGUCUCAUGGAGGAGGAAUUGGUUGUAUCAUCAGUGGCUGCCCACCAAGGAUCCUCCUCUCUGAAGCUGAUAUGCAAGCUGAGCUUGAUAGAAGGAGGCCAGGUCAGAGCAGAAUGACUAGUCCAAGGAAGGAGACCGAUAAAUGCCAAAUCCUUUCUGGAAUUUCUGAAGGAAUGACUACAGGGACUCCUAUUCAUGUUUUUGUACCAAACACAGCUCAAAGAGGACAAGACUACACUGAAAUGUCAAAAGCAUAUAGGCCUUCUCAUGCAGAUGCAACGUAUGAUUUUAAAUAUGGUUUGAGAUCAGUAGAGGGAGGAGGAAGAUCGUCUGCGAGAGAAACCAUAGGAAGAGUAGCAGCUGGUGCUGUUGCAAAGAAAAUUCUGCAGAUAAAGUCAGGAACUGAAAUCCUGGCAUAUGUUUCUCAAGUGCAUAAAGUUGUACUUCCUGAAGGAAUGGUGGAUAAUGAAACCGUAACCUAUGAUCAGGUAGAAAGUAAUAUGGUUCGGUGCCCAAAUGCCGAGUAUGCUCAGAAGAUGAUCGAUGCUGUUGAUGCUGUUCGUGUACAAGGAGACUCAGUGGGUGGUGUUGUUACUUGCAUUGCAAGAAAUGUCCCGCGGGGGCUUGGUUCUCCAGUGUUUGAUAAGCUUGAAGCUAAUCUGGCAAAGGCUGUCUUAUCACUUCCUGCAAGCAUAGGAUUUGAAUUCGGCAGUGGAUUUGCAGGUACAUUUUUGAUGGGGAGUGAGCAUAAUGAUGAGUUCUACACUGACCCAAGUGGAAGCAUUCGAACCAGAACAAACCGUUCAGGGGGCAUUCAGGGAGGUAUAUCUAAUGGGGAAAUCAUACACAUGAGAGUAGCUUUUAAGCCAACCCCUACAAUUUGUAAGAAGCAGAAAACAGUGACCAGGGAUGGUCAUGAGACUGAACUUAUAGUAAGGGGCCGUCAUGAUCCCUGUGUUGCCCCAAGAGCUGUUCCAGUGGUAGAAUCAAUGGUAGCAUUAGUUUUGGUGGAUCAAUUGAUGGCGCAUUUAGCUCAAUGUGAGAUGCUGCCAAUAAAUCCUGACCUCCAACAACAUGUUAGUGUACCCUCAAAUGGAUCAUUAUCAAUGUCUCAGGUUGCUUAGGGUUGGUUAAUUUUGUUUUAUGAGUGACAAUGAAUAAGAAUAAACUUCUACCUGUAAGUUGAACAUUCUUCUUGUGGACGGAAACCUAAGAUGUCUUAUGCAGUUAGUCUUCUUCUAAAUCCACUUUAAAUAUGUCUAGUUGGAUUUGAA